UAGUAAUUAUAUAUAACAGGCAAGACUGAUCUAGAGUUAGUUGAGUCGUGGAGUUAAAGUCUAAGAAGGUUUUCGGGGUCAUAUUUACUUUGUGUGUUUUACACAGGAACUGAGCGUGCGUUUAUCAAUUUACACAGCUGAUCAAGCAGAAGUCAUUCAACGCAUUUGAAUGUACCGUCGAUCACUACAAAGAUCAAGUCCACAAUGGAUGUCUCUGUCUGUGUAGCCACCCAAAGCCAAUGCAAAUCUUUGACUGAUAUUAGUAUAUGUAGCUAACAGUUGCUUUUUACCUCCUGCUACUUUUCAUUUGUGGAGAUAGACAGGGUGUAGAUUGAUUUUCUAACUCGUCUUCUUUAUUACUUUGGAUAUUUAUUUAUUUAUUAAGAAGAAAUACCUCAAUAGUCUGACCUAGUUUGAUUCACAACAGGCCAAUAGUGCAUUUACUCUCCAGCAAUGGAAUCCACUACACUAGCAUCCCUUGCGACUGUUACCAUGCUAACGGCGGCCACACAGACAGACAUGUCUGGUGUUCUCUGGCUGCUGGUGCUGGGCUUUGUCAUCGCUUUUAUCCUGGCGUUCUCUGUGGGCGCCAAUGAUGUGGCCAAUUCCUUUGGUACAGCAGUGGGCUCUGGGGUCGUGACCCUGCGCCAGGCCUGCAUCCUGGCCACCAUCUUUGAGACAGUGGGUGCCAUCCUUUUAGGGGCCAAGGUCAGUGAGACCAUCCGUUCGGGUAUCAUCGAUGUUCACAUGUACAAUGGCUCAGAGGCUGUGCUGAUGGCUGGCUCCAUCAGCGCCAUGUUUGGAUCUGCUGUUUGGCAGCUAUUAGCUUCAUUCUUGAAACUCCCCAUCUCUGGAACGCACUGCAUUGUGGGUGCUACAAUCGGCUUUUCCAUGGUUGCUAGGGGUCAUCAGGGGGUCAAAUGGCUGGAAUUGCUUCGCAUUGUUGCCUCUUGGUUUCUUUCACCUCUUCUCUCCGGCAUAAUGUCUGCCAUUCUCUUCUACUUUGUCCGCAAGUUCAUCUUGAAUAAGGAGGAUCCAGUGCCCAAUGGUUUAAGAGCAUUACCAGUUUUCUAUGCUGUUACCAUGGGAAUCAAUCUGUUCUCCAUCAUGUUUACCGGAGCACCAAUGUUGGGAUUCGAUAGGGUACCAUGGUGGGGCACUCUGCUGAUCUCACUGGGCUGUGCUAUGCUUACUGCUGUGAUGGUCUGGUUCAUUGUGUGUCCACAUUUAAAGAAGAAGAUCAAAAGUCAGAAUAUUGCCGACACUAGUGGGACACAACUGAUUGAGAAGAAGCCAUCCUCAAAUGGCCUUGUGGACCAUCCCGUCCCACCUCGAAGCUACUCUCCUGUUCCACAGACACCCCCUGCUGACAGCAACAAAGUGGCCUUUGACAUUGGAGGCUCAGCAGAAACCGACCUGGACAACAAAUAUUUUGACACCAAAGAUUUGGAUUGCACUCAUGCUUUAAAUGGCAGUGCCGGAAUUGCUGUCCCAGACUUGAGCCAGUUUCACACCGUACACAAAGAUUCUGGAAUCUACAAGGAUCUACUGCACAAACUUCACCUGGCCAAGGUGGGUGAAUGCAUGGGAGAGACCGGAGAAAAACCCAUGCGCCGCAACAACAGUUAUACUUCUUACACCAUGGCCAUCUACGGAAUACACGGGUCAUUGAAGGAGGGCGAGGGAAGCCGGACCGGACUGGAUGGAGAGAAAAGGCGCUCGCGGUACGACAGCUAUAACAGUUACUGUACCGCAGUUGCUGAUGGAGAAGUUGCUGAAGGAGAUGGAGCUCUGGCAGUGGAGAUGGCAGACGAGACCGUCAGAAGAGACUCGCUGGAAGAGGAAAUAGAUGAGCUUGAAAUUGACAAGCCGGAGGUGUCUACGCUCUUCCAGUUCCUGCAGAUCCUCACCGCCUGCUUCGGAUCGUUUGCGCAUGGAGGAAAUGACGUUAGUAAUGCGAUUGGCCCCCUCGUUGCUCUCUGGCUGAUUUAUGACACCGCUUCUGUAGCACCCAGUGCACCUACACCAGUUUGGUUGCUCCUGUAUGGUGGAGUGGGAAUCUGUACAGGACUCUGGAUUUGGGGUCGAAGGGUCAUACAAACCAUGGGCAAAGACCUGACUCCCAUCACUCCCUCUAGUGGGUUUAGCAUUGAGCUCGCCUCUGCUGUAACUGUGGUUGUCGCUUCCAACAUUGGACUCCCAGUCAGCACUACUCAUUGCAAGGUUGGAUCAGUGGUGUCAGUUGGCUGGCUCCGCUCCAGGAAGGCCGUUGAUUGGCAUCUGUUCCGGAAUAUCUUUAUCGCUUGGUUUGUGACCGUGCCAAUUUCUGGUCUCAUCAGUGCUGCUAUAAUGGCACUCUUCUAUUAUGUUAUACUGCCUCUGACCUAAUGUAUGUUAAACCAUUUACUCCUUGUAAAUACUUACACUUUUGAGCAAAAAUGGGCCUCAACUAUGAAAUGCCCCUUCAACUUGUCCCAUCAUAUGUACUGUACAUAGCAAAUCAAAGAGUGUAUGUUUGCACAUCACACUCUUACUCUGUGAUUUUUUUAGCUGUAAAAUGUGUGAGAUAUGUAGUAUGAAAAUGUUUAUUUAGGUUUACUUGGGGCCUCACAUAUUUUUUUUUUUAAAGAAAGAUAUUAAGUUGGGCUAAAAUUCUGUUUCAACUUUUGCCAUUUUUACUCUGAGCUGUAAGGCAAUAUUUUAUUUAUAAUUAUAUAUACUUGCAUGACAUUUGAAAUAAAUCAUGUUUCUGCUGACAUGUGCAUGCUUAUUUCCACCUGUAAAUAAACUACAGUUUUUACAAAACAUUAUAAAUUAUGCUUUCUUGUCAUCUUAAACUGUGAAAGACCUGUUUUUAAUACAUAAUAAAUACAUAUUUAUUAAUAGUAUGUAUAUUUAAGAAAAGUGUAUAAAAUGGAGAUUGCUAAAAAUGAUUCUAUAAAUCUUUCGAAGAUCCAUGAAUGGUUCCUUUAAAUCCUAUCAAACAAAACAAAGUUUAUUAUAUUUGACAAGACACGUAAAUUAUUACAAGAAUAUUCAAUCUGUGGACAUGCACUUCAAUCUUUCACUGUUACAAUUUCAAAUAAAAAAAGACUGGAACCCCAUAA